AUGUUUGGGACUCCCGUAGUCACUCGUCUACCUGACUGCCUCUCCACUGCCCGUGACGCGCUUCUCCAGCAGCACCCCAGUGAGCUUACGAUUGAUCUUCUCGCGACCAUUCUCGGGAAGAUCGAGAGUAGCAUCCUCUCUGUUGCCUCGGCCACUGACGCAGUCGCUCCCCGCCUGUUUGAGGGGUGUGCUGUCCCCCAGCUUCCCACCUUCACUGCUACUCGUGCCUCUGCUGCUGUGUCGGUCUCUGAGGAUACUACAGCUGUUUCUGUCGCUGACUGGCGGAAACGGGGCAAGGGAGGCAAGAAAGGGGGGAAGGGGGGUGGCGGCGGUGGAGGAGGUGGCGGUGGUGGAGGCGGCACUGGGGGCGGCAGUGGUGGCGGCGGCGUUAGUACACUAGGCGGAGGGAGCCCUGGAGGAGGUGCUGGCGCACAUGCUGGAGGAGGUUCGACCAGCGGUGGUGCGGGGACCCAGCAGCAGCAGCCACAGCAGAGCCAGCAGCAGCAGCAGGGACAACAGCAGCGGUAG